AUCCCUUGCUCGCCCUCCGUUGAUUUUGUGACUGUACCGACGGCAAAAAGUGCAAGUCGUCUUGACGGAGGAAGGGGGAGUGGGGGGAAAAUAAAACGAAGGGGGUGGGAAAGAGGCAAACGUACGCAUCAAUUUGUACAGGCUUCAGCGGCUCCCCGUUUUUCCUGCAACGACUUGUGAAGGAGAGGGAAAAUUCUGCAUUUUUUUGCGGAACCGUUACAUUAUGAUCCAGCAGCCUCUGUUUAUAGGCGCGCGUGCUGGUCGUAUGCGUGUAUGUCAGCGUACAGUAUAAAAAGAGAGAGACAUAAAGAAAGAGAGAGGAGACACGCAUCGCUGGAAAUCAUAGGUUGUCGAAGCUCAGAUGCUGGUGACAGGGUGAAUCCUAGCCCUACAGAGAAAUAAACGUCCACCACUUAUUUCGCUGCUAUGGCCAGUGGUGUGAGAUGGACCUCAUAAGGUGUAACCAUGAAAACUAGAACUCAUAAAGAAUCGAUGCCCAUGCGUAGUGGGCGGAGACGGGGGGGCAGUAGCGAGGAGAGGAGGGGUAGACGUCCACACCCCAGCCCGUCUCGUGCUGAACGGAAUGACAGGCAGACGCAAAGAGCUGCUGGCGAGGAAUUUGCUGUCAGUCGUUUGAAUCGUCGAUCGCAAGGGCAUGAUUCGUCAGAGAGUGAAGGGGAGGAACUUGUGUCACCUCCAAAGAGGCAGAAAGUCCAGGAUUCUUCCACUGCCACCAACCCACCGACUAUAACUCAUUCAACUGACAACAAUCCCCCUGCUGUCCCGCCCCCACCCUCAGCUCCUAGCCAGUCUCGUGACAGUGACAAUGAGGAUGGCCAAUCCCAGGGCAGCAGGAGUUCAGUGGUUGGGAGCUUAGCCAAUAGCCUAAGCAGUAGUCUGAGCAGUGGGCGGGACAUUGACCAGGACAAUCGGUCCUCCUCCCCGAGUCUCUCUGCUUCCCCUCCAGCAAGUAUAGACUCAGACUCUGAUGGCCCCGACUCACCAAAGCCAGGAGAGGGGGAGCGGGAGAAGAGGAAAGAGAGAGGAGGGGGGAAGACAGGAGCAGAGGAAAGAAGGGCGUUGAGAGAGGGGAGAGGGGGUGAGUCUUGCGGAGAUGGAGAAAGGAGGGAUGGAGAUGGAGGAAUGGAGGACAGCCCUUCUCUGAAGCUGCCAUCCUCUUCCAGUUCCUCCUCUGUUCCCACUCUCCGUGGACCAGGGGAUUUAGCCAUUGACAGCAAUAGCGGCAGGAAGUCCUAUUUCUCUCUGGACUCCAAGCUGGUGAGUAAGAUGGAGUAUGGACCGCCCAGCUCUGACACUGGGCACAGUGGCAAUCGAAUGAACUCCAAAGCUAACGCUCAGUGCAUGACCAAGCCAAGCGUUCCAGGGGGAGAUUAUCCCCACGGCAACCCUAACAUUCCACACCCUCCUCCACCACCCCUGCCCCCUCCACCCGCCCUGAAACCUUUAGAACUGAGUGGACAGAACCAGCCCUCCGAAGUCAAGGUAGAAAGAGAAAAGCUGGAGAAAUGUGAGAAACUGAUAGACAACAAGACAGCUCCUCCCUCUCUUGUACCCCAGAACAGCCCCUUGCCUCUCUCCCAGCCCCCACCUCACUCCCAGCACUACAGCCCCACCGGCUGGCAGGGAGGCACGGCAACCGGUUGCCAGGGGAGCUGGGGUUAUAGCCGUUACCCCGGUAACCACCACGCUCACCAGCCGCAGCACCAACCCCCAGUUCAGCAGCAGCAACUGCCCUCUGUCUACAACCCCCCCUCCUCCCGUCACUCAACCUCCUCCCACCCCCCUUACCUCCCUCACCCCCACCCCCACAGGGAGUACCUCCCCAGGUACACUGCUGGGGGAGGGGAAAGGGAGAGGGGGGCGGCAGGUGAUAGGGAGAGGGAGAGGGGGGGAGUGAGGGUGGAGUAUGGGGGGAGGGAGAUUGGUAGGGAUUUCUCUGCUAGUAGUGGUGGUAACAUUAGCACUUGUGGCAUGGGGGGUCCUAAUGGGGUCCAGGGGAGAGAGUUUGGGGGUCAGAACCGGGAGUACACAGGCCUAGUACCUCCGGGCUCUGGAAGAGACCUCCCCAUGGGUCCUGGGGGAAGAGACUUUGGACCUGGGGGGUUCAGAGAAAGAGAGAAGGACAGAGAAAGGGAGGGAGAGAGGGAUGUUGGAGGAAGGGACUUCCCUUUACAGAGUCGUAAUGAGAAUCAGAACAGAGAGUUUGGACCCAACGGUGCUGGGGGGGGUAGGGGGCACCCGAGAGACAAAGAGGGGGGGCGGUGGGGAGAGUUUGGGGGCCAGAUAAGAGAGGUAGGGGGAAAUGGCAACCCUAUUAAUAACACCCUCCCCCAAGGAAACCCCCCAAGUUCGACCAGUGUGCUUCCUGCAGCCCCAACGCUAAACCGUGACCCCCCUUCCUCGCCCCAAAACAAUCCCACCCACCCGUCCAUACCUUCCCACCCACAUCCUCAAAGCGCCUCCAGCCGAGACUACCCCCCAUCAAUGGACCAGGCACCCAGCAGACACAGCCCUCCCUCUGGACCAGAACACUUCCACAGAGAGUACCCUCCUGGGGCCAAGGAGUAUCCCGCUGGUGGCACACCCUCCACAGGCCCAGUCCGAGAGUACCCCAGCCCCCCCAGAAUGACUCCAAACCUGGGGCGAGACUACCCAGGAGGACCCCAGAUCCCCCACCCAUCUCACCCCCACUAUUCAGCCCAGCAGGCCAGAGACAGGGACACCAACCAGCGAGAGUCCACUCUCUACCAAUCCCGCAGUGCACUCCCCCAACCCCCAUCCCUUUCUCCCUCCUCUUCUUCCUCCACUCCUCAUGGACAUGCUCCGAAUGCGCCUUACCCUCCUCCGCCUCCCCCUCCACCUCUUCCCCCUCCCCAAACAUCUCUAGCGCAGCCCCAGCAUCCCUCCAGCCUGGGACCUAAUCACGUUCGUCCUGCACAGUACACAUCCUCUAAUCAGACUCCUGCAACCCCCCUCUCUCCAUUACCCAGCCCCUCGACCAAUCAGAUGGCAGGGUUUCCUUCCUACCCACCAGGCUCCUCUUCCGGAGCCAACAUGUCACUUCCUGGUUCAGGUGUGUCGUCCACCUGUUCUCCUGGCUGUCGGCCCUCGCCUUUCCACAGCACUUUGAACAGCCACGCCCCCUUCAGUGGCCCCUACCACUCUAAUGGGAACAACUUGGUUCAGGCUAACAACAACAACAACAGCAGCAGCAGCAACUCUCACUCUCAGUCCCUUUCACCCCAAAACGCUUCAAAAGGACCCCCACCUCUCAGUAAUCCCGGCAACAGCAAUGGCUCUUCGGCCCCUGGCUGUAGCUCCUCACUUCCUGGAGAUGGGCAUUCUGAUUCGUCCACAGGUCCACCUCUUCCACCUGUCAUCAAGGAGGAACCAAUAGAGGAGAGGGAAGAGAGUGAAAGCCCACCUCCUGUGUUGAGAAGCCCCUCCCCUGAGCCAAAGCCAGUGGACAUUCCCAUACAUGCCAGCCAGUCAGCACGGUUCCACAGGGUUCUGGACAGGGGCAGUGGUAACUCCUGUGCCCGCAGCGAUGUUCUCUUUGUCCCCCUGGAUGGCUCCAAACUGUGGAAGAAGAGAAAUGAGGUGAUCGAGAGAGCCCGGAGAGAGGUUGAGCAGAGGGCUCGAGACCUGAGGGAGAAAGAGAGGGAGAGAGAGAGGGAGCGAGAGAGGGAGAGGGAACUGGAGAGGCACCUACAACAGCAGAAGGACAGUAACAGUGUGAGUGGACAACGGCAAGCCUCCUCUCUCUUCUUCCCCUCCUCCUCGGCCAUCCUCCUGGACCACAACUCUGCUUCUAAUCCCGGGUCUCACCCUCAGUCACACCCUCAGCAAAACCACCCUCACUCCCACCCCCACGCUCACCUUCACCCCUCCCACCUCCAUCCCUCCCUCUCUCAGCACAUCCCACACUCCCUGCUCAUGUCGUCCAUGGGCGGGUCCACGGUCGUUGGCCCCCAAGGAGCCCUGGGGAUUGGGUUAGGAGGGCCGUACCUAGGCCCUGACACGCCAGCCCUGCGGACCCUAAGCGAGUACGCCCGCCCCCACGCCAUGUCCCCCCUCGGUGCCAGUCGCCAGCACCCGCAUGUCCACCAUCACGGCCACCCCCACGGCCACCCCCACGUCCACCCGUCCUUCUUCCUCCCCCAGUUCCAGAACCACGCCCUGGCCCACCCGCAUCACAUGCCCGCCGACGCAGCCACGGCAGCGGCCAUCUUGGGCUUCCUCUACGGGGGCGGUAUGGAGGGGGGCCCGGGCGGGCAUGGAGGAGGACAUGGAGGUAUGGGGGGCGCAGGGUUAGGGGGGAUGGGGUUUCCCCAUGCCGUGGCGGCCCACCGUGAGCGCAUGAAGCCUGGGUUUGAGUUUAAGAGUGAGGAAAGGGUGUAUCAGCCGGGGUCCAUGGGAGAUCCUGCGGCUCUCGCCCUCGCCCACUCCCACUCGCAUGCCCACGCACACGCUCACUCCUUACUGCUGGGUGGAGGUGGGGGGGGCGGAGGUGAGGUCUCCAUUUAUGGCACUCCCCCUCCCCAGGCACCUCCGCCACCUCCCCUCCAGAACCCAGCAUUAGCCCCUGUGAGCCGCCCACCUAACCCUCCUCCUGCCCCUCAGUCCCUCUCGAACCCUCCGCCCUCCUCCCUGCUUCCUCCCUCGCUCCCUUGUCACCCCGCCCCUGCACCAGCCCCUCCCCCCCUGGCCCCAGCAGCACCGCCUCCGCCGGCGCCUCCUCCACCCUCCUCCAACCUUGUUUCCUCCCUCAGUCACCCCGCACCGCACACCUCCUUCCCCAGCUCCCUUCCCCCAUCUCACCCCCCACCCGUCCCUGCCCCCAUAACUGCUGCCCCUGAGAUCUACCCCCCUCCCACUCGCUCGCCCGCCACCUCUGAGAGAGACAGGAGCGGCGAGAGGGAGAGGGAAAGAGAGCGAGACAGAGUGGGGCUGCCAGCCAGUGGAGAGAGGGAACGAGACAGGGAGCGAGAGAGAGAAAGAGGGGGAAGCAACGGGAGUGGCGGAAGUAGUGGAAGUGGAGGAGGAGGAGGUACAGGAGCAGAGAUUCCGGGACGUCUUCAGAUGUUGAACGUCACGCCUCAUCAUCACCAGCACUCUCACAUCCACUCCCAUCUGCACCUGCACCAGCAAGACACAGCGGCGGGCGGGGUGCACCCCCUGAUGGACCCGUUGGCGUCGGGGUCUCCCCUGGCUCGUCUUCCCUACCCAGGGGCAACGCUGGCCACCCCAAUCCUGACACACCCCCUCACUGAAAGCGAGGUGCUCCGACAACAGCUCUUCGGCGCUCCGUUCCGUGAGCUGCCCCAGCCUUCCUCUCUGACCGGUACCAUGUCAGCGGCCCACCAGCUCCAGGCCAUGCAGCAGGCCCAGAGUGCAGAGCUGCAGAUCCAGAGACUGGCCCUGGAGCAGCAGUGGAUCCACCACCACCACCACCACUCCUUAACCCAGGAUGAGUACUACAGUCACCUAAAGAAGGAGAGCGACAAGACCCUGUGAGGGAGGCAAACGAGCCCACAGACGAUGCACCCAACAAUGGAAGGAGAAAAAUAGUGUAAAGAAAGUGCAAAAUGAAGAGUUAAAAAAAAAAAGUUAAGUAAAAAACCUGAA